CACGCAUCUGUUUGGAAGACAGACGAGCAAGCGAUGAGCGGCUUCAAUGUGGUCAAGGAAGAAGAGAAGAUUGUCGCCUUCUGGACAGAGAUUGAUGCCUUCCAGACGUCACUAAAGUUGUCUGAGGGCCGCCCAAGAUUCACCUUCUACGAUGGACCACCCUUUGCGACUGGUUUGCCGCAUCAUGGCCAUCUCCUCGCCUCCACCAUCAAGGAUACCGUCACUCGGUAUGCUCAUACGACAGGGCACUAUGUUGAACGUCGUUUUGGAUGGGAUACGCAUGGUCUCCCUGUCGAGCAUGAGAUUGACAAAAAGCUCGGCAUCACAGGCAAGGACGACGUGAUGAAAAUGGGUAUCGACAAGUACAAUGCAGAAUGCCGAGCUAUCGUCAUGCGAUAUGCCGCAGAAUGGCGUCAGACGAUCGAGCGGAUGGGUCGAUGGAUUGACUUUGACCGGGAUUACAAGACUUUGAAUCCUACAUUCAUGGAGAGUGUCUGGUGGGUCUUUAAGCAGUUGUACAGCAAGGGCGAAGUAUACCGUGGUUUCAAGGUGAUGCCUUAUUCAACAGGCUGCACGACACCCUUGUCCAACUUUGAGGCGCAACAAAAUUACAAGGAUGUCCCGGACCCUGCCGUUACGAUUGCAUUCCCACUCGACUCUGAUCCUUCAGUGUCAUUUUUGGCAUGGACAACAACUCCCUGGACACUUCCAUCUCACCUGGCAUUGGCGGUCAACCCAAAAUUCGAGUACAUCAAGCUUGAAGACAAGGAGACUGGUGCAAAGUACAUCAUGCUCGAGGCGCUCCUCAAGACGCUGUACAAAGACCCAAAGAAGGCCAAGUUUACGAUUUUGGAGAAGAUUCCUGGUGAGCAGCUCGUCGGCUUGACUUACCAACCGCCAUUCGACUACUAUUUUGAAGAGUACAAGUCGACUGGAUUCCGUAUCAUUGCAGCCGAUUAUGUUACUGCAGAUAGUGGUACCGGUAUUGUACACCAGGCUCCGGCUUUUGGUGAGGAGGAUUUUGAUGCUGCCAUCAAGUCUGGAGUCAUCACCAAGAAUCAACCACCCCCCUGCCCACUAGACGACCGUGGUUGCUUCUUGGAGAACAUCACACACUUUGCUGGUAUGUACGUCAAAGAUGCCGACAAGGAGAUUCAAAAAUACUUGAAAGGCACUGGUCGCCUCAUUGUGCAAAGCCAAGUGAUGCACAGUUAUGCGUUCUGCUGGCGAUCCGACACACCCCUCCUGAAACGUACCAUUCCAGCAUGGUUUGUCAAAGUCCAGGAACACACCGAUGAAAUGCUUGCAGCGGUCGACAAGACCACUUGGGUGCCAAACUUUGUGAAGGAGAAGCGUUUCGCAAAUUGGAUAGCGAAUGCGCGAGACUGGAACAUCUCCCGUAAUCGAUACUGGGGCACGCCUAUGCCCCUAUGGGUCUCGGAGGACUACAGUGAGAUUGUUUGCAUCAGUAGCAUUGAGGAACUUGAAACGCUGUCAGGCAUCACGGGCAUCACGGACCUGCACCGCGAUAGCAUUGAUCACAUCACUAUUCCCUCAAAGAAGGGCAAUGCGCCCUUGAAGCGAGUCGAGGAGGUCUUUGAUUGUUGGUUUGAAUCUGGCAGUAUGCCAUACGCCUCCAACCACUAUCCCUUUGAGCAGGCUGAGGUGUUUGAGCAGUCUUUCCCUGCCGACUUUAUCGCUGAAGGUCUUGACCAGACGCGUGGUUGGUUUUAUACUCUAUUGGUUCUUGGUACAUUGCUCUUCAACAAGGCGCCGUUCAAGAAUGUCAUUGUCAAUGGUCUCGUGCUUGCUGAGGACGGAAAAAAGAUGUCAAAGAAGCUCAAAAACUACCCAGAACCCGGAAUUAUCGUCAACCGUUACGGUGCCGAUGCUCUCCGUCUGUAUCUGAUCAAUUCGCCGGUUGUUCGUGCCGAAUCGCUGCGAUUCAAGGAAGAGGGCGUCAAGGAGGUCAUUGCCAAGGUCAUCUUGCCUAUUUGGAACUCUUACAAGUUUUUCGAGCAACAAGUGGCGUUGCUCAAGAAGAAGCACGAUAUCGAUUUCAAGUACGACCCGGCUAAGGGACGCUCCGAGAAUGUGCUCGACCGCUGGAUUUUGGCUUCCUGUCAGUCUCUCAUUUCCUUCAUCAAGGAGGAAAUGAAGCACUAUCGACUCUAUACUGUGGUACCUCGCUUGCUCCACCUCGUUGAUGACAUGACCAACUGGUACAUUCGUCUCAAUAGGCGUCGUUUGAAGGGAGAGGGCGGCAAGGAAGACACACUCGCUGCUCUGAAUACACUCUGUGAGGUCUUGUGCACUGUAGCGCGGACACUUUCAUCCUUUGCGCCCUUCAUUACCGAGACAGUCUACCAGCAGCUCAGACAAUUCUUGCCACCAGCGGCAGAUUCGGAUGAUGAGCGUUCUGUUCACUUCCUGAGUUUCCCUAGCGUGCGCUCGGAAUUGUCGGAUGAGGUUGUCGAGCGUCGUGUAAGGCGCAUGAAGGCCGUCAUGGAUCUUGGUCGUAUGUGUCGCGAGAAGCGAUUGAUUGGUAUCAAGACGCCAUUGGCGCAGUUAGUCGUCAUUCACAAGGAUCAGGAAUAUCUUGACGAUGUAACGUUGCUUUUGCAAUUUGUCAAGGAAGAGCUCAACGUGCGCGAUGUGGUGCUAUCCUCUGAUGAAGACAAGUAUGGCGUUGUAUACAAGUUGAACGCAGACUGGCAGGUACUUGGCAAGAAACUCCGCAAGGACAUGAUCAAGGUCAAGAAGGGUCUCGAAUCAGUAACCAACGACGAAGUCAAGGCAUUCUUCAAGUCUGGCGAGAUUGUGAUUGCUGGUAUCCCACUAACGUCUGGAGACUUGGUGGUUGCUCGCGAUUGCGAUACUUCAAAGCUCGAAGGCUUCCAGUCAUGCACAGACACUGAUGCUAUUGUGCUACUCGACAUUACGAUCCAUCCGCACCUGCAACAAGAAGGCCUGGCUCGCGAAGUGGUUAACCGUGUUCAACGGCUCAGGAAGCAGGCUGGUUUGCUUGCUACAGACGAUGUUGCUAUGCACUACAAGCUGAUUGACGACAAGGCUGGUUUGGAGGAGGCCAUCAAGCAGAACGAGGAGCUCUUUGUUCGCAGUCUUCGCGCGAAUGUCGUUGCAGCAGGCACAGCGAAUUCAUCUGGCGAGGUCAUUGCAGAGGAAGAGCAAGAUGUUGCAGGCAGUACUUUCCUGCUCACCUUGCUAAGACUGUAGAGCAGCAUGCAUCUGCUUGUCCUUUGGUAGUUAGAGGAGAUCAAUCUAUCACUUCAUUCUGGA